UCUGCUCUCUUUCCCUCUCUGUUUUGCCUCCACACUCCGUGAGUCCUUAUCCGACCAACUCGAUUUAGUUGAUUAUAUUCUCUCCCCCCCCCUCUCUCUCUCUAAGCUUUCUCUGAGCUCUGUAAUUAAAAGAUUUAUCAUUAAUUUAAACAAGAAAUCUGAACUAGAUUUCAAUCCCUGCUCAACUUUGUCCCCUCACCCAACGUCAAGCAUGUUGCAAUCUUCUCCUUGGUUCCUUUCAUACACCACAAAGCUCUUAUUCUUUGCUCGAAUCCGACGCCUUUUGCAGAAGAAGGCCUCCGGCAAGUGCUGCGGAGCAUCCGAUCGAUUCGACAAGUUUAGAAUAGAAGAAGUUGAAAUGGAAAAGGAAGAUGAAAAGAAAGAAGAGACCAAGACGGCCGGAAUGGAGGAGAGAAAAACCAAGGAAACAGCUUCACCAUUCAUGCUGCAGAGAUCCGUAAAGCAGCUUCACUUUGGGAGCUGGGAGGAGAAGGAGAUUGCGGUGAAGGAAAUCAGGAGAUUGGCCGGAGAGGAUCUGAGGAUGAGGAAGUCGCUCGCCGCUCUCGGUGUUAUACCGUCGUUGGUGUCCAUGCUUGGUUCGGAGGCUUCGGAUCGUAGGCGAUUGGCGGUUCAGGCAUUAAUUGAGCUGGCUAAUGGCACUUACACAAACAAGGCUCUCAUGGUGGAGGCCGGAAUCUUUUCAAAAUUGCCGAAAUGCGACGUCAUCGAUGCUUUGGAUGAAUUGGAGAAGCGAGAUUUCGCCGUACUCAUGCUUUCAAUCUCUGUUCUAGCCAACACCCAGCUCCACAUUGCCUCAUCAGAGAUUCUUCUUCCCUUCAUAAUUAGGAUCCUUGUUUCAGAUGCAAGCAUGGAAGCCAAGGAGGCCUGUCUGGGAACUAUAUAUAACCUCUCCACCAUGUUGGAGAGCAUAGGGCCUCUGGUAUCUAGUGGUGUAGUACAUACAUUAUUAGUCCUGUCCUCUGAGAAAGAAACUUCGGAGAAGGCUCUAGCAGCUUUGGGGAACAUGGUUGUGCCCGUGGUGGGAAAGAAGGCCAUGGAAAACGAACCCAUGGUGCCGGGGACCUUCAUAGAGAUUCUGACAUGGGAAGACAAGCCCAAAUGCCAGGAGCUGGCUGCCUACAUCUUGAUGAUUCUAGCACAUCAGAGCUCGGCCCAGAGAGAGAAGAUGUCACAGUUGCGAAUUGUUCCUGUUCUCCUUGAGGUGGCCUUGCUGGGAAGCUCCUUAGCCCAGAAGAGAGCAUUGAAGCUAUUGCAAUGGUUCAAGGAUGAAAGGCAGUCAAAGAUUGGAGCCCAUUCUGGGCCUCAAACAGGAAGGGUGAUCGUGGGCUCACCUGUGAGUCAGAGAGUGACCAACGAAGGAAAGAGAAUGAUGAAGAAUAUGGUAAGACAAAGUCUGAAUAAGAACAUGGAGCUGAUUACAAGGAGAGCAAAUGCUGCCGGAGAAUCUUCUAAUCUCAAGGCUUUGGUUAUUAGCUCAAGUUCAAAGAGUUUGCCUUAUUAAAAAAAAAAUCUCAAAAAUCUAUUGACACAUUGUAAAUUUUGGAGAAAUUUACUAAUUUCUCAAGGGAGGGCAGUCCUAAACUCCUAAUAACUUAAUCAUGUUGUAAAAUAUCUCUUUUAUCUGCAUUAGAAAAUUUGAUUCCAGAUUAUAAAGUUA